AUGCCACUCUUUGGUUGGAUGAAAUGGCCAAAAAACAAUUCCUACAAACCUACACACUAUGCUGACUCAGAUAUAGUGACAAAGACUCUACUUCGGGAAUUAAAAUGGCAUCUAAAGGAGCGAGAAAGAUUCAUACAAGAGAUUGAAAAUGAGCAAAAAGUGAAAAAAACAGGUGUGGAUUAUAACUGGCUUAGAAACUACCAGAGUCCCCAUACAACCAUCCCAGCUGCAGAGCAAAGACAACUCGAAGUUCUUUGUUCACAAGUUCAUCCUUGCCAAACUGGAACUAUUCUCAGCAGAUUUCGAGAAGUUCUAGCAGAAAAUGAUGUGCUGCCAUGGGAAAUAGUCUACAUCUUCAAGCAAGUUCUGAAAGACUUCCUCAGUAGUCCUGACAAAGGGACUCAGCAGGAGGGCCCACAGCACUCCUGGGACACAGGCUGUCCCCCCACCUCAGAACUCCCAGGUGAAAGCUCCAAGAGUCCAGAAAAAGAUGAAAUACCCACCAUCUCAAGUUACGUAGACAGGAACAGCAAGAACAGGUUCCCAGCAUGCUCGUACAGAAUAUGGAACCUACCGUACUACUACCCACCAAGUUAA